AAACUAUAUGUUAGUGUCAAUGGAGAAAAGGAGGAAAUGGAGAAAAAAGGAACAAAAGCAUCUUCAUAGAGGGCCCAUACCAUGUCUCCUCAGUUAGACCCCAAAGGAGAGAUUUUCAUCUUUCUCACCACUGCACUAUUCUCUCCUUUUUCCUUCAUCAUUUAUUGGCAAAACUACCCAAAGUGUUGAUUUGGAAACAAAGAUCGGUUCUGUUUAAUCAUGUCAGGUGAUAUAGCCAAAGAUUCCGGUAAAGGGUCGUCGCGAUCCACCGGAAACAACCAAUUCGACCACCAUCAACAGCAUCUCGAUAAGCCGGUUGCUCCUUUGAGCAGGUACGAGUCGCAGAAACGCCGAGACUGGAACACUUUCGGGCAGUAUUUGAAGAACCAGAGGCCACCGGUUGCGAUAUCACAGUGCAACUGCAACCACGUUCUCGAUUUUCUUCGAUAUCUCGAUCAGUUCGGGAAGACUAAGGUUCACUUACAUGGAUGUGCCUUUUUCGGACAACCUGACCCGCCUGCUCCUUGUACUUGUCCACUAAGGCAAGCUUGGGGCAGCCUCGAUGCGCUCAUCGGACGACUAAGAGCUGCUUACGAAGAACACGGCGGGUCACAGGAGAAUAACCCGUUCGGAAACGGAGCGAUUCGGGUUUUCUUGCGUGAAGUGAAGGAGUGUCAAGCUAAGGCCAGAGGGAUUCUAUACAAGAAGAAGAAGAAGAAGAAGAAGAUUCAAAUUAAACCCAACGUGAAGGACGAGGCUAAUUCAUCAUCGAAGCAGCAGCCUGUCCUCCUUAGCUCUAACUGAGAGCUUUUUACGAUUGAUGAGCCUGGUAUUGACCCAGCAAGCUAAGCAACAGCAGAGGGGAUACGAGAAAAAGGCAAACUUUUGAAGUCCAAUGUUGAACAAGCUCGAUGCUACCGGUUUAAGAUUUCUCUCGCUAUAGUUACAAAGUUGUAUUUUAUAUACAUGAAAAGACUCGUUGUCAAUGCCAUAGCUUGUGUCAGCACUUCUUUUAGCAGUUUAGUUAGUUACCUUUCGAUCAUGUCCUGUAAUAACUUAUAUAUUACGUACAGAUGCAUCAUAGAUAUAUGAACUAAUUAAGGAUA